AUGGCAGACAACGCCCCUCCUUCCGCUGCGCAGCUCAGCGGCGCUCACCCUACAGAUGUCGCCCCCGAGACUGACCUUCUGCCCCGGUUGAUCCCCUACCUCGACCGCCACCUGGUUUUCCCUCUGCUCGAGUUCAGCGCCGGCAACGAUGAGGAGGACAACGAAAUCAUUCGGGCCAAGUACGAGCUGCUUAAGCACACCAACAUGACUGAUUACGUCGCCAACCUGUGGAAGGAGAUCAACAACUCCGACUCGAUCCCCGAGGAGUUCGUUAAGAAGCGGGAGGAGGUUCUGGCCAAGCUGCAGCACUACGAGAGCCAGGUUGAGAAAAUUACCGAGUUGCUGCAGGAUGAGGAGGUUGUGGGCAACUUGCGCAGCGACAAGGCCGCUAACUUGCGCUUCCUCGAGGAGCAGCACGGUGUCACCACCGAGAUGGUCGAUGGCCUUUACGACUACGGCCGCUUCCAGUACAGCUGUGGUAGCUACGGUAACGCCGCCGAGCUGCUGUACCAGUUCCGUGUUCUGUCUACCGAUAACGACAAGGUUGCUUCCGCCACCUGGGGUAAACUGGCUUCCGAGAUCCUGACCACCAACUGGGAGGCUGCCAUGGAGGAGGUGCAGAAGGUCAAGGACUCAAUUGAGACUCGUCUGUUCAACAACCCCCUCGCCCAGCUCAACAACCGCUCUUGGCUCAUCCACUGGUCGUUGUUCCCCUUCUUCAACCACGACGCCGCCCGUGACGUCCUGACCGACCUCUUCUUCUCCCCCGCCUACAUCAACACCAUCCAGACCAGCUGCCCGUGGGUUCUGCGUUACCUUGCCGCCGCCGUCAUCACCAACCGCAGCCGCCCUCACAAGCACUCCGGUGUGUACCAGAAGCAACUGAAGGACCUGAUCCGCGUUGUGCGCCAGGAGGAUUACGAGUACACCGACCCUAUUACCGACUUCGUCAAGGCGCUCUACGUCGACUUUGACUUCGAGGAGGCCCAGAAGAAGCUGGGUGAGGCCGAGGAAGUUCUCCGCAGUGAUUUCUUCCUUGUAUCUGCUGCGGAUGCUUUUGUUGAGGCUGCUCGUCACCUGAUUUCCGAGAGCUACUGCAAGAUCCACCAGCGGAUCGAUAUCAACGAUCUUUCUACCCGCCUUGGUCUGAACCAGGAUGAGGGUGAGAAGUGGAUUGUCAACCUCAUCCGCGAUACCCGUGUUGAUGCCAAGAUCGACUACCAGGAGGGCACAGUUAUCAUGAACCACCCGCCGCAGUCGGUUUACCAGCAAGUCAUUGAAAAGACCAAGGGUGCCUUCUUCCGCACACAGGUCUUGAGCUCAUCCGUCGCAAAAUAA